AUGGCCGCGGACUACAAUUUCAACUACCCGCUCGAUCUGAGCAAGCUACAGAACGUGCGCAUCAAGCUGGUGCCUUUUGACUCCAAUCUCCCCAAAUACGCCUACCUCUACGCCUCCAAAACCGCCUCCUCAGAAGCCGGCGUCGCGAACUUCACCUACCUCCCCUACGGACCCUUCGCGAGCGCGACCGACUUUUUGGAGUGGUACGUGCCGGCCAUCCAACGCCAAGCCAACGUCGUGUGGUUCGCCAUUAUGGUGCGGGAUGGGUGGCGCAAAGCCCAUGACGACGACGACGCCGACGACGCCGACGACGCCGACCCAGAAGGUGAUUUCGCCGGCUCGAUCGCCUACCUCAACGCCGACCCUGCGAAUGCCAGCUGCGAGAAUGGACACUUGAACAUCAUCCCCCGCUACCAACGCACCUUCGUCAACACGCACGCCAACGGCCUCCUGCUGCACUACAUGCUCGACCCCCCCUCGCAAGGCGGCCUGGGCAUCCGGCGCAUGCAGUGGUUCGCCAACGCGGCCAACGAGCGCAGCCAAUUGGCGGCGAAACGGCUGGGGUUCAGGCUUGAAGGUAUCCUGAGGUGGCAUCGCGUGUUGCCGGGGCAUAAGGAGGGGGUUGCAGGUGGUGAGAAAGAUGUCGAUGGGAAUGGGCCGGGGGAUGGGAGGGGGAGCGCGAGGCACAGUGCGCUGUUGAGCUUGUGUUGGGAUGAUUGGAGGGAAGGGGGAAGAGAGAGGGUUGCGGAGUUGAUGGCGCGGUAG